UCAGUGGGUGCUAUAGCUACUCAUUUCAAGGGCUGUUCUUCUUUUUGACAUGUUGCACCUUGUGCCAUCGUCCUCACCGCAGGACACGCUGCAGUGGCUUCAGCGUCACAGGUUCUCGCCUUUCUGUAGGAUCUUCUCCAGCUUCUCAGGUGCUGACCUGUUGAAGAUGAGCAGAGAGGACCUGAUCCAAAUCUGUGGUCUGGCAGCUGGCAUCCGACUGUUCAACGCCAUCAAAGGCAGGUGUAUAAAGCCCCACCUCACCAUCUAUGUGUGUCAGCAACAGGCCAGGAAUCAACCACAGACCAGGAAUCAACCACAGACCAAGCCAGGGGGGGAGAGGGUAGGUCUCCUAUACCACACUCUCUAUCUAGAGGACCUGACACUGUGGGACCUCUCAGAGAAGAUGGCUCUCCUUUACAAUAUAACUCCCCAGCAGAUCAGCCACAUCUACAGACAAGGACCUACUGGGAUCCACGUGCUGGUCUCUGAUGAGAUGGUGCGAAACUUCACUGAGGAAACAAGCUUUGUUAUUAGCACUGUUGCAGAUGAAAUUAAUGACAGCUACCAUGUUGUGUUGAAGUGACUAGAGGAAAGGUCUGGAGUGGAGUGGAUGGUUUCAGAUCACUGUCCAAGUGUCUGGAACAUAUAGGGCUUGUUGAGGAGCAUUAGACUUUGUAACAUUAAACGGUGCAAUUGUAUAGAUUGUUCAUAGCUCACCCUAUAUAUAAUUUUUCUGUCCAAACACUGCAAUAACAGUAAAAAUCCCCUUGAGACAGCUAUUUAGUUUACAUUUGUAUUUUUUUGUAUUUUCUAAAUUAAGUUAUUGAUUAAUUUUGAUUAGAUGUAUAAUUAGUUUUUAAAAUAUGGUUUAUUUAAAAUACCUUUAUUACUCCUGCAAAAUUGACAUGUUUUUUAAAUCAAUACCAUGAAAGUCAAUAUAAAGUCAUGUUUGUGAAAUGUAUCAUAAAGUGCUGUUCAAAGAAAUCCAAAAUACUGUAUACUACGUUGGCCUUCCUUUGGUACAAUCUGUAGUUGUUGAUUUGUUUGAUGUUACAUAUUAGAAGGCUAACAUUAGUUUCUGCGGUAUCAGUACAUAUGGUAUUAUACAUUGAGUGGGGACCAACUGUUUUGUUGGGGUCACACUAAAGUAUUCACUCUUUGUUUGCUUCGUACCACAAUUGCUUUAACGAUUUAAAUAUUUGAGCUAAAAUAAUACAGACAAAUAUUUAAACCCCCAAUACAGACUUACAGAUAAGGCAAAUGAACAGAUAAUAUAGAUGUAAUAGCUGUAUGAUGUUUAGCUAAUGAUUCUAUUCUGCUUCUGUUAUUUAUCUCCCAUUUUAUGUAACAUUUUAUGUACAGCAUAUCAGUUCUUCCACAUACCUGUCCUGAAAUGUAAAUGGCUUAAUAUUGUCCAACAUGUUAAGGAAAGUAUUACUGCCCCAAUGUUUCAAUUUCAAUGAAAGACAAUCGUACAUUUGGACUUGACUGUGAUGAUGUGAUUUCACUCAACAUAAAGUA